AUGAAAACAGCGCUAGGAUCGGAUGACCUAACGAUCAUAUCAAUAAAGAAGUCAGUACUUCGAGGAGGUCACUACCGAGACUUGAACGAAUUUAUUUCGAUCUCCAAGGAUCAGGACGGUUGCCAGGACAUAGCGAACGAGAACGUAGCGAUUACGGAUUUUGCGCGGGAACUCAAACGGAACUUGUCGCACAAUCUGGGUCAAGCGAACCUGAAGCAGCUGGCACUAUUCUAUUCGGGUGCAUUGCAAGACUAUUUGGCUGCUGGUGAAGACAAGAAGGUGAAAACGCAGAACGUCGACGGCAGGAAGCUGAACAGAAGUCUUGCGGAAGAGGAAUCGCCCAUCAUCUCAAGAACCGCAGUAGCGUUAGCCUUGACUCACUGCGAUGAUCGAACGCUUACGAAGAUAGAGCGAGAGUACAGAUCUCAAUCGGGAAAAACAAAAUCACCGGAGGAUCUCCCGCUCGAUCUAACGAAGUUCCUUUCAAUCGCGACGCUGGAGGCGGCGAAGACGAGCAAAAAGAGCGUUGGAGUAAGGAAGGUCGAAAGCGAACCGAAGAGUGAGGUCACGGAGGAGGUGAAGUUCAUAAAAUCGAAGCAAGGCAAGAAGGGGAAAAAGGAUGACAAGAAGAAAGGGGAAGGUCAGAACGUCCAGAAAAGAGAGGACGAAAGAAGCCAAAACGAGCCGGAAAAACCGCCCUGCCCCUACUUCAACACGGUGGUAUUUCACACGGAGGGAUGUAGAUGCCGCAACAAGUACAUUACAAGCGAACGAAAACACUUCGAUGGUAAGGCAAGACAGGAGAAAAGAGAUGAGAGGAAGGGCGAAUCGCUGAAACAAGUCACAGAAUCAUCGAGUGUCUACAGCGCGCUGAAGCUGAGCGAAGAUGAUCUUUGA